CGGCGACACUACAGCGACGCGGCGGCGGACCGCGAGGACGACCCCAACUUCUUCAAGAUGGUGGAGGGCUUCUUCGAUCGCGGCGCCAGCAUCGUGGAGGACAAGCUGGUGGAGGAUCUCAGGACCCGGGAGAGCGAGGAGCAGAAGCGGAACCGGGUGCGUGGCAUCCUGCGGAUCAUCAAGCCCUGCAACCAUGUGCUGAGCCUGUCCUUCCCCAUCCGGCGCGACGACGGCUCCUGGGAGGUCAUCGAGGGCUACCGGGCCCAGCACAGCCAGCACCGCACGCCCUGCAAGGGAGGUGAGCGC